AUGGAAACUGGUUUACUCGUGGACUCACGGUCACUAUCAUUCCCUGACUACCCAGAUAUCGAAAAGGCAUAUGUUAACCACUUGUCCUCGAAUGAUCAACCAGCAAACAGAGAUAUAUUGAAACCAGGAUCUUUAACAGAAGAAAUUCAGAAAGCUAGAGAACAUAUCAAAACUUCUUUGGAUCGUGUUUCUGCUUCCCGGCCAUUUGAAGUGUCACGUUUAGAUGAAUUGGAAAAAAUCGUUUCCAAUUUGGUUAAUCGCAUAUCCGAAAUUGAGUCGCGAUUAGGGAGCUUGAAGAUAGUGGAUGGGUCUGGCGAAACGAGCAAAAAACCAGCUGAAGACGAUGCAGUGUCCGAUCUUUUUGGUUCAGAUAGCGAGGAUGAUCGAGAAGCCGAACGUGUCCGGGCUGAACGAGAGGCUGCUUAUCUCGCUAAGAAAGCCUCAAAGCCGUCUGUUAUAGCCAAAUCAAGCAUCGUCCUUGAUAUUAAACCAUGGAGUGAUGAGGUGGAUAUGGACGAGCUUACCUCUUUGGUUAAAAGUAUUCAAGCUGACGGUCUUUUAUGGGGUCAGUCCAAACUAGUGCCCGUUGCUUAUGGUAUCAAGAAGCUUCAAAUUUGCUGCGUUGUUGAAGAUGAUAAGAUUGGAACUGACUUCCUUGAAGAAUCUAUAAUGAUGUUUGAAGACCAUGUUCAGUCAGUUGACAUUGCAUCAUUCAACAAAUUGUAA